AUGGCUGCUGAAGCACGACAGAUGGAAAGAGACAAAAUAGACGGAGUCACUGCCCAUCCAGCAUCAGCAAGCUCGAUGCUCCGUUGGGUAGGGCGUAUUAAAGGGCCCCAGGGUACACCUUACGAAGGGGGAUCUUUCACGAUCGAUAUUGACAUCCCAGAAGGCUACCCUUUCAAGCCACCGAAAAUGCGUUUUCGAACACCGAUAUGGCAUCCCAACAUCACUGGUAUGACCAACUCGUGCCUUUUCCCCGAGGUGUUCAAGAAGAAGGCUAGACAGUGGACCGUUGAUCAUGCCUACCACAGAAGAAGGAUAGUCAAACCCCGUCACGAAGACAACAACGCCUACCUACAAU